AUGGAGAAAAAAUAUCCGCGGUUUGCCUAUGCACAAUAUGCUACUGACAUAGAUUACUUAUGCAAUAGUGUUAUUAACUUUAACCGUCUGAAGCGUUUCGGUGCCAAAUAUGACCUGGUGUUGAUAUUCCCAAAGGCAUGGGACCAGGAGGCACUCCAGAGUGCGAAUACACGUGAGGCUAAGGCCAUAGAGAAACUUCGAGCUAGCGAUCUCAACAUCGUUUUCCGCCCGUUUGACAUUCUUUCUACAGACAAAGGAGACUCGACAUGGCGCGACAGCCUUACGAAAUUCCACGCCUUUGCCCUUAUCGAGUACACAAGAAUCUUAGCCUUCGACUCAGACUCGCUCGUCCUUAACAAUAUGGACUUCCUAUUUCUUGCGCCAGAUUCGCCUGUAGCUAUGCCACGCGCAUAUUGGCUAACCGACGGUGAUCAUGCUGCGAAGCAGAUCCUAGGGUCGCAUCUUAUGCUUAUCGAACCCAACACGCAUCGAUACAAGAGAAUAAUCAACGAGGCUAUACGGAGUGGCGAUUUCGAUAUGGAGGUGUUAAAUGAGUUAUUUGAAGACUCGGCCAUGAUACUCCCUCACCGACGCCUUGCGUUGUUAACAGGAGAGUUCCGAAACAAGCAUCACCACAAAUACCUCGCCCCUGAUGAAGACGAGGAAUGGAACGCGAUAGUUGAAGCUGGAAGGGCAUAUCUGGUGCAUUUCAGCGACUGGCCCCUGCCAAAGCCAUGGAGAUCCCAUACUGAGGCCCAAUGGCAGGCGGCCUUACCGGAAUGUCCAGAUAUUGAGAAACUGGAUCGGCCAAAGUGUGCCGACAGACUCGUGUGGACAGGAUUUUAUAAUGAUUACGACACUGAUAAAAAAGCUUACUGUUAUUUAACUAAUCCAUGA